AUGAACUACACCUCACCGGAAAUUUUGAUUGUCGGUGGCGGACCUUCAGGUCUCAUACUUGCCCUUUCUUUGGCGCGUAACAAUGUACCCGUGCGUCUCAUCGAAAAAUCCACAACUGAACGUGUUGGGCAGCGUGGGUCCGGAAUAUCACCUCGAACCUUUGAAGUCUUCGAGUCCCUUGGGGUAGUAGACGAUGUCCUCAAGCAGGUUAUCAAAGUGCCCAACUUCUGCGUUUUCAAGAUGCCAGGAGGUACCGAAAUAAUCAAUGACUUUAACAUGGAAGAAUAUGUCGAUCCGACACCAUCUAUCCCAUAUCCUAAUCUAAUGCUCUUAGGCCAAGAUCUGCUUGACAAGAUUCUGUGUGCCGAGUUGGCCAAACACCAAUGCUGUCAAAUUGAUCUAGGUGCCGAGCUUCAGUCCUUGAAACAAUGGGAAGAUCGUGUGGAGGUCGUCAUCAUUAGACACGAUCUAUCACAAGACACCUUCGACUCGAUUGAUCCCGUUGUCGCACACUCGUCGCCAGAAGAUCCUCCGGUAGCGCCGGUAGUCGAACACGCAUCGUACAAAUAG